AUGAUAAAAAAUUCCUAUUUUAUCUUUUUAGUUGUAUUUUUAUUUAAUUUUUUUUCUUUUACCUUAAGAAAUUAUAAAAAAUUUAAAGUAAAAACCUAUAUUGGCUCAUCAGCAAACGAGCUUAAUCAUUUAUUCAAAAAAAAUUCUAAUAAAUAUUACUAUAAUAUAAAAAAAAGUAAAUCAUCUAAUUUCUUUCAAUUAUACGUAAGUGAUGAAAAGGAUUAUACAUAUGAAGAUAUUGAAAAAUAUUUAGAAAAACAUAAUUUAGAAAAUAAUGAUGAUACAAAAAAUGAAAUUUUAAAACUAAUAAAUUAUAUAUCAACUCUAAAAGAUGAAGAAGAAUUUUUUUCUAAAUUCGGUAAUAUUAAAAGAGAAAAAAAAUCAGUGGAGUAUUAUUUUAAUCAAAUGAAGAAUGAAAAGGAAAGAAAACAAAAGAAAAAUUAUAAUAUUUUUAAUUUUAUUUUAUCCUUGUAUUUACAUAAAGAAAAUAUUAAUGUUUUCAGUAAUAGUAAAAAUUACAAAGAUAUUCAAUCUUAUUACUAUUAUAUAAAUAAUCUUAUCAACAAUAAAGAUUCUUCACUUACAACUCAAAAUGGUAAAUUAGAUAAGAAAGAUAACAUAUUUUCAAAAAAAAAAUUAUGUAAUUUUAUAUCAUUUUACUUAAAAAAUGUAAAUCUCUUAAAAUAUUUUUCAUUUUUUUGUGUUAGUGGGAUUUUAACAUAUUCUAUAUGUGCGCUUUUAAAAAAUAUUAAAUUAGAAAAUUUAUUUUUCUUUAAAAACUAUUUAGAUAUAAUAUACCUUUUAAAAAAUGUGAAAUUUUAUGAAAUAGGAAUAUUUUCAUUAGUUUUAAAUGUGUUAUUUAUAAAUAAAUAUAAUCAAUAUUUUUCUAUAACAGAAGAUUCAUUUUCCAUUUUAUUUAGUCACUAUUUUUUUUAUAAAGGUUUACAUAAUUUAAAUAGACGAAAUAUAGAAGAAUUUAUGUAUAAAUUUAAUUAUACGUUAAAUGAUAUUUUAAAUUCUUUAAAUGAUAUGUUUUCUCAAUAUUUGAUUAACAAAAUUUAUACAAAUGAAAAAUUAGAUGAAAAUAUAAUUUAUAAUUUAAAUUGUUUUGUAUCAUUAUAUCAAAAACUAUUUAGAAAUAAUAGAGAAAACAUUAAAAACGUUAUUAGUAUGGUUUUGAACAAAUAUGAUAAUUACUGUUUAAAUAAUGGCAAUAAAAAUAAAGAUAUAUUAUCAAAAAUUUUUUACAUAUUUUAUAUAAUAAAUCUUAAAUUUAAGUAUGAAGUUGUAGACAUACAUAAAUUGAAUAUUAUUAAAGAAAACAAAUAUAAAAUUCCAUUUUUUUCUAAAAAUAAUAAAAUUUCUAAUUAUUGUUUGCUUAUGUAUAUUUCGGAAAACUUAAAUAUAAAGGAAAAAAUAAUUAGUGAUUGUAUAUUGGAAACCUUAAAAAAAGAAUAUGAAAAUUAUAUACAUUCUAUAUUAAAGAAUAAAAAGUUUUCAAAUAAUGUUUAUGAUGAUAUUAAAAAAAUUAAUUUUAUAACAUUAGAUAACAGUGUUAUUGAAGAGGUUAAUAUGUCAAUUUUUAUUAAACUUGUAAAAAAUAUUAUUGAAGAUAAAAACUAUGAAUUAUUUUAUACUCAAAAUAUUUCCAAAGAAAAUAAAAGAAAAGAAAACGAAGAAUAUGUAAAUGAAAACAAUGAAAAAGAGGGAAAUGAUGAUGAAGAUUUAUAUAAAGAAGAAAAAGAUAAAGAUAAUUUAAAAAAUAAAACAAAUAUAAACAAUAAUAACGUUGAUGUAGAGUUUCAUGAAUCAAAAAGUUUUAUAAAUAUAAAUGAGAAAAAUGAAGAAAAUAAAGAAUAUAAUAUAAAUGAUGUUAAAUUAAUUAAUGAAGAUUUAAAUUACGAAAGUAAAACUUUUAGUGAUAAUGAUUCAAUUGAAGAUGAAAAUAUAAAUGAAAAUGAAAAUGAAAAUAUAUUUAAUAAUAAUCAUAAUAUAUAUAAUUACAUAGAAGAUAGUGUAAAAUAUAUAAUAAAUGAUAAUUUUAAAGAAGCAUACGAAAAAGAAAAAAUUGAUAGUAACUUAAUAGAAAAAGAGAAAAAAGAAUUAGAAAAAAAAGAAAUAUUAUUGAAAAAAUUAAAUGACAUUUACUUUUUAAGAAAAUAUUUAAUAAUAGACAAAGCAUUCACUGAUAAUUAUUUAGAAAAAUACUUAUAUUCCUAUAUUUAUAAAGAAUACAAAAUAUUUAUUAAUAAUUUAAUUUUCAAGAAAUUAAAAAAUAAGAAUGACAAUUUAUUCUUCUUAAAGAGGGGAAUAUCUUUAUCAAAUAGAUGCACUGAAAACAUUAUAAAAAAUAUUAUUCUAGAUUUUGUAAUUAAAACAAAAGAAAAUAUCAAUAUAUUUUUAAAAUUAGAAAACAUGGGUAAGUGUUUAAAACUUGUAAUAAAUUUAAUAAACGUUUAUAAAAUGAUAAAAAAGAAAAGAAAAUAUCUUAAAAUAAAAAACGAAUUGCUUAAUUUAGACGAUUUGUUUUCAUUUAAUUUUUAUAAUGAAAAGGAUAUUAUGAAUAAUUAUACUUAUGAUAAAGAUAAAAAUAGUACUACAUAUGAAGAAAUAGAUAAAAUCGAAGAAUCUUUAAAAGAGAAAAAUAAUAUAGAUAUAAAGGAAGAGAGCUUAGCACAAACCAGUGAAGAAAUUUUAAAGGAUGAUGAAGAAGAAAUUUUACACAAUAAUGAAGAAGAAAAUUUAAAAAAUAAUGAAGAAUAUUUCUUAAAAGAAAAUGAAGAUUUAGAACAUAGCAUUCAUAAGGAUAAAAUAAAAGAAGACAAUGAAGAAAAAGAGAUUAUUUUAUUUGAUGCCAAAAAAAAAUUAUAUGAAGAAUUUGUUUUAAAAUAUAUGAAAAAUCAAUCAGAAAGAAAAAUAUUUAAGACAAUUUUUAAUUUAAAUUAUGAAGAAAUUGAUAAGGAAAUUGAGGAUAAUAUUAUAAAUAAAUUUUUAGAAAAAGUUGCUAAUAAAUAUUUAAAUGAAUUAAAAAAUUUUGAUAUGGACUUUAAAAUUAUAGGAAAUGAUAAUCUGUUUAAUUAUAAAAACAUACGUUUUGAAGAUCUUUUGGCAGAAAUAAAAACAAAAAGAGCUCUUAAAAAAGAAAAAAUAGAUAUUAAUAAUUACAAGAUAAAAAAAGAAAUUGUCUUUGAAUCAAUUGAUGAUGAAUCAUUUAAUGAUAUAUGCAAAAAAAUGUAUAUAAAUAAAUUGUUUGAAUUAAAAGAGAAUAUUUAUAACAAUAGAAAGGAAUUAUAUUUUUAUGAAGUUAUAUUAAAUAUAAAAAACACAGAAGAAAUUCACGAUUUAUAUUUAAUUGAUGAAUAUGAAAAAAUGAUAAAUGAUAUAAUAAAAACAAAUAUAUUAAAUAAAAAUUACAUAAACAUUAAAAAUAUGUAUUUGAAAAAAAUUAUUAAUUUUUUAAAUAUAUCUGAUGAAAAGUCUGUUGAUGUAGAAUUGAGUUGUAUUUUCAAACAAACCUAUUCUUUUUUUCAGAAAAUUAAAGAAAAUUUUUAUAUUUACAAAAGUGAUGAAGAUUUUGUAAAUAAUAUAAAUGAAAUAUUAACCAUAUAUAAAAAUUUCGAUCUUAUAAAAAAGAAGAAUGACAAAUAUUACGUGAAGUUCUCUUUAAUUGAAUCCAACUUUAAUUUAGUUGAAAAAAUAAUUGAACGAUAUGUUUUAUAUGUAAUUGACGUUAUAACAAAUGAAAACAGAUUAAUUUAUAGAGAAAAUAUUUUUAGAUUAGCAAAAAUUUUAGCUGUUAAUGAUACAGUUAUAGAUGAUAUAUCAACUAAAAUAUACAAGAAAUACAUCGAAAAUCAAGAAUUACAUGCAAUAAACAAUAUGGAUUAUUUUUUUAAUUUUUUACUUAAUAUGAAACCAGAAAAACAAAAAAAUAUAGUUUUAGACAAUUUAAAAAAAAAAUUAGAAAUUUAUUUAACCUCUAAUGAAAAUUGUGAAGAUAAAUUACAAAAAGUAUAUGAUUUAAUAACUUUCACAAAUAAUAAUUUACAAAUUAAAAAAAAUAUAUUCAAUUUGACACCCUUGAAUUAUGAAGUGAUUUAUGAAUUUUUAAUAUCAUGUAUUGACAAUUACUUGCAUUUGGAAAAAUCAGAAACUUUUAUUUCUUCUGAAAGUGAUUACAUGAAUAAUUUUAAUGAUUUUUUAAGCAAAAUAAAAAUUCUUAUGAUAGGGAAAGAACAAAAUUUUCACUUUUCACACAUACUAAAUAUUCUAAAAAAAGACAUUAUCAAUAAAGCUAUCACCUUAUUAGAUAAAUUUGAAUAUGAUAAGAGUAUUGAAGAAAUAUAUAAUUUAAUAAAAUUACAUAUGAUUGACAAAGAUAUUAAUUUUUCUGAUAUAGAUAUUGAAAAAAGGAAAAAAUUAAUCAACAUAUUUUCUUAUCAAAAUAUUGGUGAUGAAAAAAAAUUUCUUUAUUUAGACCUUUUAAAUAAGAUGUUAUUAUAA